CUUCAGUUCCAAGUUUACAAAGUGAAAAAGGUCACAGCUCAUAUAUCGCACAAUUCACAAGUCUCUUCUUCUCUCUUAAACCCCAAACUUUCCCAAUUAAUCUCACAACACAAUCUCAGCUGGCACUGUGCUGCUGCAAGUCAUUUCCAUUUCUUCCUCCUGAGAUCUAUCUAGAAACUGAAAAAAAUGGCGGAAGAGAAAGACCCAACUUCAGUACCACUGAGUCAAGCCACUGAAGAUCCUGAAGACCCCAUCAAAUCACCUCCCUCUUCCCCUAAUUCUUCUACCCGCAAGGCUUGCUGUUAUUUUCUUCAAAGCUGGGUGUCUAAGAAGUUUAUGACUGGAUGUGUAGUUCUCUUCCCGGUAGCAGUUACAUUCUUUGUGACGUGGUGGUUUAUUCAGUUUGUUGAUGGCUUCUUCAGUCCACUAUAUGAACAACUUGGCAUUGACAUAUUUGGACUAGGAUUUGUCACAUCUCUAGUGUUUGUGUUCUUCGUUGGAGUUUUUGUUUCGUCUUGGCUGGGUGCUAGUGUUUUCUGGAUUGGGGAAUGGAUUAUUAAGCGAAUGCCAUUUGUCAGACACUUAUAUUCAGCCUCAAAGCAGAUCAGUUCUGCAGUAUCUCCAGAUCAAAAUACCACUGCUUUUAAGGAAGUGGCAAUCAUUCGUCAUCCUCGUGUGGGUGAAUAUGCUUUUGGUUUUAUAACAUCAUCAGUUACCCUUCAGACAGAUGAAGGGGAUGAAGAAUUGUGUAGUGUUUUUGUUCCUACAAACCAUUUGUAUAUUGGUGAUAUACUUCUGGUUAACGCCAAAGACGUUAUAAGACCAAAUUUGUCCAUCCGUGAAGGCAUUGAGAUCAUUGUUUCCGGAGGAAUGACGAUGCCACAAAGGAUUUCUCAUGUGGAAAGGGUUGCACGACAAAGUGAGAGAAUUCCACUGAACAGAAUUAAGUAACAAUGGUGAUGAAUAUGACAGUGUAGGCCGUUUGUAAUUAAUUAGUAUGGUGGGACUGUGUUGCUAAGGAGGAAGAUAUCAUAUAUACAUUGCUGUUUUUUCUCGUUUGCUCUGACUUCAGUUUGUUAUUAUUAUGUCCUCCUUAGUUUGAAGCAAAUUUGUUACUUAUUGGAAAGCAGAUUUUAUGUGAAUAUAGGGGGUCAUUUGGUUCAUAGGAUUUGAAGCUUGGGUUUGGGGAUUUUAGUUCUUUUAAGUUGUUUUAAAUUAGUAAGUUGUACUUAUUCAA